AUGGCUGAAACUGAUAAGCAAAAUGAUAAUAAUAUAUCAUCAGUGAUCACACAAAUUCAAGAACAAUUAAAAUAUAUUCGUCAAGAUAAUAUUGAAUUAACUCAACAAUUAACAAAUAUUUAUAAUGAUCUUUGUCAUAUACGACAAUCUCUAAUAUGUACCCAAUCAAAUUCAAAUUUAAAUACAACAAGUCUUAUUGAAACUUCAACAUCAAAUCGUUAUCAUUCAAAACAACGUUCUGAUAGUGAACCAAAUAUAUUAAGUGAUCGUCAACGUAUAUUAACAAUAAUUGAUGACUUACAAUAG